UAUGCUUCUCUCUCACAAAACUGAGAUGCUCGUCUACUUUUUCCUUACUUUCUGUCUGUGAAUGUCACUCGGACUGGCUGGAUUUUUGCAAUAUACAAAAGAUCCUGCAGGUGACCUUUUAUGCAACACCGUGCUCAUGCCUGCUAUAACUGCCACUUAAAAUCGGGGAUUAAAAUCAUAUGGAAUGGUUGCAUUUCUACAAUAUCGCCGGAGCACUUAGCCCCUCCUCCAUCCACCCUCCCCACAGUUUGUCUUUAUGGAGGACUAUGAUGUGGACAUGGAUGAAGAAGAGGAGGGAGACGUAUUCACCAGGAAGGCCACAACGGGCCACUGGUGGGAGGACUGUGACGGCAGCGGCGAAAGGCAGCACCAGAGAGAAGGAGGCUGCAUGGUAAACAGCCGCAGCUGGGCUGAGGAGCUCCAGGAUGUCUUUGCACCACAAGUGUGUUACAAUGUAGGGAGAACCAGGCUGUCCAGCAUCUCGGCCCAGAGGAAUGAGCGAGAGUCCAUCAGGCAGAAACUCGCCCUUGGCAGUUUCUAUGACGACGAGCCCGUCAUCUACACCAGCUGCAGCAAGAACGGCCCAUCCUCCCGGCUGCAGAGUGGGGUGAACCUGCAGGUGUGUUUCGUUAACGACAGCAGCAGCGACAAAGACAGCGAUGCUGAGGACAGCAGGACAGAGACCAGUCUGGACACGCCGCUCUCACCUGUGAGCAAGCAGAGCUCGUCACUAUCUGACCGAGACACUGCGGAGGAGGACUCUGACCCGUUAGACGACUGCGGCGGGUUUUGGAGGGUGCAGCGGAGACUUCAGGAGGAGGCCCGGGUGGCGCUGGCUUUGGCUAGACCCAUGGCCCGCAUGCAGGUGGAGGUGGAGAGGCAAAUCCAGCUGCACAGACGUUCACCUGUGGCUGACCUGCUUCCCCAUCUACCCCACAUCAGCGAGGGCUUAAUGAAGAGGAAUCUGAGGCGAGGGGACAUGAGGGACAUGAGUCUCGGACAGCUGCAAGUCAUCACGAAUGACUUACACUCACAGAUUCAGAGUCUAAACGAGGAGCUGGUGCAGCUGCUGCUGAUGAGGGACGAGCUGCAUGUGGAGCAGGACGCCAUGCUGGUGGACAUAGAGGACCUCACCAGGCAUGCGCACAGCCAUCAGCGGCACCAGGCUGAGAAAACUAUCUCUAAAUAAACAUUCCCGUCUACACGUGUGUCUGUCUGCACGAACCCCUCCUGCCCCCCACACCCUCCUCCCCACCACCACCACCACCACCACCACACCCCCCACACUCCACAGACUGUCACUAGUGUUGCAAAUGAAGCCCCACCCGUGCUGACCGCUUGUGGAGAGCUGAAUACAGCGAAUGGUACUGACACACGCACACACACUUAAUAAAAAUUGGCCACGUGAAGCUCUCAGAGAACGAGGCCCGUACGAGAAGAUCACGGAUUUCAGUGUGGACAGCUGAGAAUUGCGCAGGCAUUUCACUUCCACUUCAGAGAACUCAAGGGGAAUCGUCCCGACUUCAUUCCGACCCCGAGUCUUCUUGGCCCAUUUUUUGCACGGUUCAUUUAUUUGUGUUAAUGCUGUGUUGGGACUGAUUGAGACCCACAAACAAUUAGCGUCAGUUUCGUCCCUAUAAUAAUGAAGAGAGUUGAUCAGUUCAUCUGUAGAAAUGCUCCGUUCACCCGUGUACCGUUUAUUCCCCUGAGAGCACUGUGCCAUUGCUGUUUACCGCCAGAAUUCACUAUCAGACGUCUCAAAAGUAUCUGGGCUGUUGCAAUAGAAAAUGACAGACACAAUGUACCUGCUGCAGCAGCUUCACACAUAAUAGUCAUUUAGACACAGUACCGGAUAGUAGCUGCUACAGUUUCCACCUGCUUUUAAGAUAUACAUAGAGCUUUACUGGACAAAUUUGUAUUGAUCUGAAAGUAAAAUACACAAACCUAAGUGAUUUUGAAAUUAUUUUCAAGUUGAUAAAAAGAUUUAACAAAAAAAAUAGAGAAGGGGAACAGAAAAGCCUCUUAUUAAAAUAUGCAAUGUAAUUUUUGUUGAGCUUAAUUUACUAAAAAUAAAAUAUGUAGAAGUAAUAUAUCAUAAGCUUGGGCGCACAUCUAUUUUAUCUGUUUAAAAGGUUUAUGAACAUGCUGUAUGUACAUGUUAAGAUACUUUAUUAAAGGAAUGAAGACUUGUUGAGUUUUAAGUGUUUUCACCUUUUUUGCCUUCUCAGAAUGUCGUUUAACACAAAGUCAAACUUUGUUUUGAUAUUGUUUUCUCCGUUGAUAAAUGUACUGUAUUAUGAUUGUAAAAGCAAAGAAAAUCCAGUAAUAAAUGUUUCAAGUGUGUGAA